UACUGGCAACACUGCUUUACAGUUUAGUUUACAGAUCGACCAGCGACCUAAAAUCAAAAUGUCUUUUGUUUGUUCUUCACAGUAAAUGGAUUAUUCUUUCAGAAUUCAGGCUAUAAGAUCUUUACAAUACAGCUUAUUCUUGAGAAAUUGAAAAUAGCAUAGUGAAAAUGUCCACAGCUAAUUAUACAACUCGAACUGAAGGCCAAACAGUAGUAAAUACAAUAAUAUGGUCUAUACCAAACUUUAUAUUCCUUUUAGAUGGUAAAACAUCGCGUGAAUUGCGGGUAAGUGAAAGUCCAAAAGACCAAUCCAUUGACACAAGAUUCCAACUGAAGAUGCAAUUUCUUGGACGCUGUAAUGAUAUUAUUGAAAUAUACUACUUGUCACCAGUUCCUGUAUUUCUUAAGUCCAUAUUAACCAUAUGCUUAAAAAGAUUUGAAGAGCGCUCUAUAAUAAUAAAAGAAUAUCAUACAAUUCAAGCAAAUAAAUGGCAGUUCUUAGCUACACUCUACAAACGUGAUAUUGCUAGCUAUGAUGGCCAUGAUAUAUUUCUGUUAAGUGAUGGAAGCCUUCGUUUGAAGUUUCAAUUUAUGGUAACAAAUGAUGUAAAAAUUGACAGAGCGAAUAUACCAGAGGCACAACUUAGCAAUGAUUUUGAGAAUCUUCUUAACGAUGGUUUAUUCUCUGAUGUGGUAAUUACAUCUGCAGAAGGUUGUGAAUUUAAAGUUCAUAAAGCAGUUUUAGCUAGUCGCAGCAUGGUUUUAAAAGCUCACUUUGAACACAAUACCACAGAAUGCCACACAAAUGUUGUUCAGUCUUUAUUAGAAUCUGAUGUUUUAAAAGAAGUUUUAACUUUUAUAUAUAGUGAUAAAGCUCCAAGAGUUGAUGAGAUACCUGAAAAAUUAUUAGCUGCCGCUGAUUACUACCAGCUAAACAGACUUAAAAGCCUUUGUGAGGAGGCCUUACAUAAAAAACUUACAGUUGACAAUGCUAUUGACACAUUGCAAUUAGCAGAUUUACAUUCAGCUAAAGCUUUAAAGGAAUUAACACUUGAAUUUAUCAAAGAUGGUCAAGCUAAACUCAUAACAAAAACUAAAGGAUGGGCUGAAGUUAAGUCUGUAGAUUUAAUUAAAACUAUAUAUGAACAUGUUAUUACUGAUGAUGUGGAUGCAGAUAUUAAAUAAUUAUUUCUCUAAGUAUGUCAAAACAUUUUUGUAUUGUUUAAUAUGUAGCCUAGUGUUAAAACAAGUCUAGUUUAAAUAGUUAAGUUUUAAGUUGGUUGGUUUGAAGUUGGUAAUUUACUUUAUCCACUAGUGUUGCUAGUAAGCUUGGUCGAGAGCAUAUCAACAUCUAAUAAAUUAUGUUCAAAGUUUCAAAAUUUUCAUGCUUUUUUGUAUUUCUAGUAAAUAAGUAUUUAAUGAUCUCAAAUUAGUAAAAAAAGAAAUUUCUUAACUUCUAAAAUAAAGUUGUCAAUCGAU